AGCUUGAGUCCCAAUUCUGCUCUUGCUUCGCCCGCUCUAGCUGCCAUGCUCGAUAUCACUCCCUUGCCGUCUCCCAUCAUGCUCAACGACCCCAACUCUCCUGGGCCUUGGAAGAGGAUACGAAGCGGUCAUUUCGACAACAGCACACCCGUGAGACCGCCCUCGAGACUCGCUUCCUCUCCUCCGACAUCGAGUAUGCUAUCUUCGAUGUCUGCACCGCCUGGCUCACCACAUAAGAAAAAGAAGGGAUACGGGAGUUUGGUACAUGCUGCUGUCGAGGGUCAAGCAGGCCAGAGCGUUGACUUGGUCAUGCGCAAGCAACACAACCGCAAUCGCAGCAUCAGUGACUUCGUACCUGAAGCCAUGCACAACGUGAGGCCGAGGAAUGUCACUAUCGGGCCUGCUGGCUUGCACAUCACAACCACGCCGCCAAAUGAGCAGCCAAUGCAGCGAGAGCAUUACCUUGCUCAGCAGCGUGGUUAUGUUCUGCCAUCACCACCUCCUUCAAGCAAGGGCAUCAGGGAGGAAGAAACAGAGGAUACAGACAUGCAGAGUGUGGGCGGGGCAGAGGAUAGCGAUGCCGAGUACUUUAUCGUCCGAUCAGCACACGAAGACCACAAGCGGAAAUGGCGAUCAAUACGAAGUCUUGGUCAGGGCACUUUCAGCAAGGUCAUGCUGGCUACAUCACAACAACUACCACCGGGUACACCUUAUGACGAGAAACAUCUGGACUCGCGGAAAUUGGUCGCUGUCAAGAUCGUUGAACACGGUCCAGCUGGUGGUGCCGAUGAAGAGCGUAUCGAGGUGUCUUUGAAGCGAGAAGUCGACAUUCUGAAGAGCGUGUCACAUCCAUCGAUUGUCCAGCUCAAGGCGCUCGAAUACACCGACGAACGAGCUUUGCUAGUCCUGAGUUACUGUCCAGGAGGUGACCUGUUCGAACUGGCAAGUGAGCAUCGCAACAUCCUACAGCCUAAGUUGGUCCAACGCAUGUUUGCCGAGAUGAUGAGCGCAGUUCGCUACCUGCACAACAACUAUAUUGUCCAUCGCGACAUCAAACUCGAAAACGUCUUGGUCGUACCUGCCUACAAUAUCCUCUCGCAUCUCGAAAAUCCUCAGACCUAUCCUUACCCGCUGGUCUGUCUUACUGACCUCGGACUGUCUCGCCGCAUUGCUGCACCUCCCGCUUCACCACUCCUCACAACCCGCUGCGGUAGCGAAGACUAUGCCGCUCCUGAGAUUCUCCUCGGUCAACCCUACGACGGCCGCAGCACAGAUGGCUGGGCCUUGGGUGUCGUCUUAUAUGCCCUGAUGGAAGGUCGCUUACCCUUCGACUGCCCACCCGGCAAACCAGAACGAUCAAGGCCUUCGCAUCGUAUCGCCCGCGCAGACUGGAUGUGGUGCAAGUUUGGCGACGAAGAUGGAGAGUGGGAUGACAAGAGAAAUGACACGAAAGAGUUCAAGGGCUGGGUGGGUGCAAGGGGCGUUGUGGAGGGCUUGCUCAAGAAGGUCCGGAUGGGAAGGAAACCAUUGACCGAUAUCGAGGAGAUGGAAUGGGUCAAGGACGGGAUACAGGUUGAGGGAGGACUGAAGACU